CUUUCUUUUUAUUACAACAAACACAACUUCUUCACUUUGAUUCGCUUUUGUAUUUUUCAAAUCACUCAAAAAAAAAACAUUCGCCUCCUUUUUCUCCCUACUCAGCAAAACCAAAUCGACGGCGGAGAUGGCACUCUCACGUCUCUCAUCUCGAUCCACCACCCUCCUCCAGCCACUCGCCACCACCUCUCUCCUCCGCCGCCGCCACAUCUCCACAGACACCACACCGAUAACAGUCGAAACCUCACUCCCAUUCACAUCCCACCUCAUCUCACCCCCCUCGCGCGCCGUCGAGACCUCGUCCCAAGAGCUCAUCUCCUUCUUCCGCGACAUGGCUUUAAUGCGGCGGAUGGAGAUCGCCGCCGACUCGCUCUACAAGGCCAAACUCAUCCGCGGCUUCUGCCACCUCUACGACGGCCAAGAAGCCGUCGCCAUCGGGAUGGAGGCGGCGAUAACCAAGAGAGACGCCAUCAUCACGUCGUACCGUGACCACUGCACGUUUCUCGGCCGCGGCGGGGGGCUCUUCGAGGCGUUCUCGGAGCUUAUGGGGAGGACCACGGGCUGCUCUAAGGGUAAAGGAGGGUCUAUGCAUUUCUACAAGAAGGACGCGUCGUUCUACGGCGGGCAUGGGAUCGUCGGUGCUCAGGCUCCGUUGGGGUGUGGUUUGGCUUUUGCGCAGAAGUAUUCUAAGGAGGAGGCUGUGACUUUUACGUUGUAUGGUGAUGGUGCGGCGAACCAGGGACAGCUGUUUGAGGCUUUGAAUAUCGCGGCGCUUUGGGACUUGCCUGCGGUUUUGGUUUGCGAGAACAAUCAUUAUGGGAUGGGAACUGCUGAGUGGAGGUCGGCCAAGUCUCCGGCUUAUUUUAAGCGUGGAGAUUAUGUUCCUGGAUUGAAGGUGGAUGGUAUGGAUGCACUGGCUGUGAAGCAAGCGUGCAAGUUUGCUAAAGAACAUGCGCUCAAGAAUGGACCUAUUAUCCUCGAGAUGGACACUUACCGAUACCAUGGUCACUCUAUGUCUGACCCAGGAAGCACUUACCGUACACGUGAUGAAAUCUCAGGCGUGAGGCAGGUGCGAGAUCCAAUUGAUAGAGUGAGAAAGUUGAUCAUAGCUCAUGACAUAGCUACGGAGAAAGAGCUUAAGGAUAUGGAGAAAGAAGUGAGGAAAGAAGUAGAUGCAGCGGUAGCUCAGGCCAAGGAAAGCCCAAUACCGGAACCAUCUGAGCUUUUCUCAAAUAUAUACGUAAAAGGUUUUGGAGCUGAGUCUUUUGGAGCAGACAGAAAAGAAUUGAGAGCAACACUUCCAUAAGUUAUGGUACCUGUUAUGUCCAUCACACACAACUCCUGCAGGAGAUCCCGGUUCAAUAAAAUCCCAAGACAGCUAAAUUUUACUCGGCACACAUUUUUUCGGUUUGGAGCUCAAUUCAAAUGUAGAGCUUUUCUUUUUCGGUUUUACAACUUUUUAGUAAACUCUUCUUGAUUGUUUUCGAAAUGCCGCAAGUGCAAAUUUGAGUGAAAACCC